CUCUUACGAACGACGGAAGGUUAUAAAUACGAAAUCUCAAUGCCUUCUAUUAAAGUAUUCGUCUUUUAAUAGUGAGACAACGAAGUGUAGAAGGGGACGAAGGAAGAGAGAGAGAGAGAGCAGCCCGUAAUCGGAUUCCCCUUCCGCCCCCUUUCCUCGUUCUCUCCUAGGGCCUUGACCUCCGAGCGCGGCCAUCGAAUCAGGUUCUUUUGAACUUUGGAAGAGAUGGGAACAAAUGGCGCACGUGAUAUAACUACAUCACAUGGUGAUGUUACUGAAGAUUCUGAGACUACUGUCGAGAUAAAAAUUAAAACUUUGGAUUCUCAGACAUACACUUUGCGAGUGAAUAAAUGUGUGCCUAUUUUAAUGCUGAAGGAGCAAAUAGCUACUGUCACUGGUGUAGUAUCAGAACAACAGCGUCUAAUCUGUCGUGGGAAGGUUUUGAAAGAUGAUGAACUCCUCUCUGCAUAUCAUGUGGAAGAUGGUCACACACUGCAUCUGGUUGUUAGACAACCACAUCAAUCUUCAUCAUCACCAUCAACAGGUCAUGUGGGAUCUGAAGGUGCAUCAGCCAAUCCAGCUGCUAAUUCUUCUUCGAGUACUGCUCACAACCGUGGCAGUCAUGUGGCUCGUAGUAUUGUAUUUGAGGCUGUCAAUAUAGAUCAAGGGGAUAAUCGCACUUCACACCUUGGUCGGAUUAUUUCUAGUCUCCUGAGUUCAAUUGGGACGACAAAUACUGCAUUCCAGAACCCAAGGAAUGAUCUUAGGGAAACUGUUGGGAGAACAUCUGGUGAUACUGGGCUUUCAGAUGCCAUGCAAUCCAAUCCCAACCCUCCUACUUCAAGGGUUGAACUUGAUUCACAGCAGGGUCCCCUUCGUUUUCAAUCUGUAUUUCCUUUGGGAUCUCAGCAGCCAAUUGUCAUUCCUGAUUCUCUGACCACUAUGAAUCAGUACCUAGGAGUUAUAAGGGAUGAUUUCAGGAGGGAAGGGCACAGCAUUUAUGGAAGGGAGCAGACUAAUGAUGCAGCAGCUGCUGGAAUGAAUGGUAAUGAUGUGCAAAAUCAUGAUUUUCUGUCUCCCUUGCCCUCUAGGCAGGGUGGUCUGCCAAGUCCAGCAUCUUUAGCAGAAAUUGUGCUCUCUACUAGACAACUGCUUAUGGAUCAGGCUGGAGGAUGCUUAUCU